GCCGGCCGAGGUGUGUGCUGGAGCGUGCUCAGCGGCCAGGUCGCGGCUCGGCUCUCCUGUGGCGGCCGCCUGUGAUCGUGUUCCCAUUCGGUGCCAGUCUGGUGCGCGCGGCCGGGCCGACAGCCGAGGCGGCAGCCGGCUGGGCGGCGGGCAGAGUGGACUCCGUGGACCGUGUGGACGCUGCGAACGCUGUGGACGCGUGUGGACCCCGGUGAAGGCACGGACAGUGUGGGCUUCUGGUGCGUUGAGGGACCGCGGGGAAAGGCAGCUGUCAUGUAGACGGAGGCGUCGACAUGCUGUGUUCGGCAUGCAGUUGACCCCCGCUCGAGGAGUGACCUGGAGGCUGGUGGAGGCGCCGCACACCUCGUUCCUCUACCCGAUCCUCGACUGGCCCUGCCUUGCCAGCGCCAUGUACAGGUCCUACCCGUACGUGGUCAUCCUGGAUACGGUGGCUUACCUCAUCGCCUUCGGGGUGCAGCUGUGGUGGAUUGUCGAUACCAAAGAGACCAUGCCGGCUCCUGCGUACAUACUCUGCGGAGGAUAUGUGAUAAUGCUUCUCACCGCACUCAUCAUGCUCAUUGGCCUAGCGCUGAAGAAGACGCGAUACCUCCUCGCCUGGCUUCUCGUCAUGAUAGUGUUCUUCUUCCCGGAGAUGGGCAUGGUGCUGUUCAUGAGCAUCUAUCACUGGAACAUCGAGUCGGACUACGGCCUGGGUGACCUCAUCUUCUACAUCUGCAGAGCUGGAUUGAACCUGGUGUCUCUGAUCUGCGUCCAGUCUCUGCACGCCACCUGGCGGGAGGAGAAGUUCACUCUGCACAGGCUCGACUCCUUCAACUUGAAGGUUGGUCCGAGUGUGCUGCGGAACGGCAUGGCCGACCGCGGCUACCGAGCCGGCUCCAUCUCCUACACCAACGGCGUACAGCUCGCCGCCCCGGCGCUGAUCAGGUCUGUAUCAUCGGCGUCGCAGUACGCCCCGGCCCGGCAGCACGGCGGCGGCCGUAGCCAGUUCAACGCCGCCUUCUACGGCAUGAACGGCGGCCCAGUGGUGCGCACGCAGAGCUCCAUCGGCAUCAACGACUACCCGUCGCUCGGAUACGAGCCGCCGCACCUCGUCUACGUGCCGCGCUACAGCACGCAGUCUCUGGACCGGCGGAAGUACAUGCGCGGCUCGUGGCGGGCGGGCUCGGCGGACGCGCUGAACCUGGCCGGCCCGCUGCCGGCGCCCCCUUGCCACUGCUGGCUGGCGCACGGCCGUCGCCAGCCGCACGAGAGCCGCAGCUCGCUCGGCGCCGAGUCCGACUCGUACCGGUACCGGGACGUAGCGCUCUGACCUGCCGCCGCCGCCGGAACGGAGCGCGCGCAGGGCGGCGCCGCGGCGAGGACGUCGUAUGGUGAUGAGGGCGGAUAAGUGUGGAGGGGGUGACGUGGCCUUGUCGCGGCGGCAUGGCCUCACUGCCGCCUCCCCCGCACUGGCCCCGCGGGCCGUGCCGCGCCCGUCUGGGAGUGGCUAUGACCGCACUGCCACCUGUCGGCUGUAAACGCAGGCUGAGCGCCUGGGACGGAGCGACAGGGCCUAAAUACACUGCCCUCUGUUGGCAGUAUAUAAAGCUUCAGUUGUGAGCACCUGCGAGUGGCGCUGAUGUGUGAGGCCCGAACAAUAUGUUUGUCUUCCCAUGUGGAGGAAGAAAAGCGACCUGUCAGUAUUUUGCUCGACUUUCUAGGCGUUAUUUAACCGGGUAGGAAUUCUAAAUGUUGCCAUGCUACUCGAGACGGAUAUAACCGGGACCUGACCUCUUUUGCCCUCUGGCUGUCACGGGACUCGCUGGACGGCGGUCGCGUGCUGGGGUGCGGCCAGCCAGCGCGCCUCUUCCAGUUAGCGAUCAGUAGUGCGCACAUGCCCUGUGUUGACUGCCUGGUGUAUGGAUAUGCCAGACACGCGCGGAAGGGUCAGAUUGUCAUCGCGUGAGCUCUUCCGUGGCAGGCUGGUGCGACUUGUGAGGGGCUUGGAAUGCCACAGGUGCCUUCAAUGUCACUGUGUUUUGAAUGCUCGUGGAUUCUGAGACGCGGGUUUCGCUAAGGGCUGCCGUAUAAUCAAACCGUUGUCGUGUUUAUAUGUGUUGCAUCCUGCAGGUCCCCUAACUACCUCUAUUUGAAGCCUUAGAAUGCAUUAGACCUGCUGUUUUGUAAAAAGAGGUGGAUCCAGAGAGUAAUCGAGUGGCGGAGGACACCGCAACUUUUGGGGUGUUUGGUCUACGUACGUAAAAAGAACUCCUUUUCUACGCCAUUAAAAGUGAGCGAUUAGAGGAGUAGGGAUGGUGAAGUCCACGGUGCUUACCUUCCUGUGUGCGUCCCUAGGGCGCAAACCAUGAAUUUCACCACGCGCACACCGCCAUUUACCGGGCUUUGGGAACUGCAGUGACCAACGCAAAAUGGUCGAUUUUGACAGUGUUGGUUUCUGUGGUGGACAAUUAGUAUUAUUAGCAUUGGGCUCUUUUCAUCUACACAUUGUUAAUAGUCACCCAUGUGUGCCGCUCAUGAAGUCCUGUUUACCUUCUUGGCGGUGCGAUUUUUGGAAAGAAAUAUAUGGAUGUCAGAUCUCUGACAACGAUAAUA